ACUGGAAAUUCACUGUACCAAGAAGAUACCCAACCCAGAGCGCUUCGGGACUGAGUGUAUUCGCAGUACAGGAUUAACUGAAAAUUAUUUGGAUGCACGCUGUCAUUGUGUUCCUGUGUCUUUGUCCAAUCCGCGCUGCGUUUGUGCAGGACUGUCCCAGCAGGCAGGACAUGCAGAGCUCCCUAAAGCAGGUCCAGAAGCUGCUGUCGACCCACGAGGCUGCAUACCUUCAGAGCCUCCGCACCCUGAGGAAGAAACUCAACUUGCUACAGAACACAGCCACCAAACAGACUGGCAAAGCAAACAAUGACAUAAAUGAGUGUGCCUCGUCUCCCUGUCUGAACGGGGGGACAUGUGUGGACGAGAUGAACCAGUUCUCCUGCACGUGUACCAAAGGCUGGGCCGGAGCCACCUGCCAGAGCCCUGUGCCAACAUCCUUUGUCACCAUGACGAACACCUCGUCUGCCACCUCCUCUGCGGCUACCACCAUCUCUCCCCCGGCUGUGACUGUUGGUCCGUUUUUCCAUCCAUCUCACUGUACGCAUGUCCAGGGCACCACCCACUGCACCUGUGACCCCGGAUACACCAUCUCUGGGCGUGACGGCACCUCUUGCAAAGACAUUGAUGAGUGUGAGUUGUUCCACAUGGGUCAGGCUGGCCGGCUGUGUAUACAUGCCUGUGUUAACACCCCUGGAGGCUACCGCUGUACCUGUCCUGCUGGAUACAAUCUCACCCGCGACGGACGCAACUGCAAAGACAUAGAUGAGUGUGCCACCAGACUGAAUAACUGCACCCGGGACCAGAUGUGUUUAAACAACUACGGAGGGUUCCAGUGUGUACGUGUGGACUGCCCCGCAUACGAAACUCCACCUACAGCAAAACCUCACCCCUGCGUUGUGAGCGUAACCCCCCCUGCUCUGUGGACAACAAGGUGUGCUCUCAGGCCCCUAACUCCAUCUCCCACCACUACCUGUCUGUCGUAUCCAACCUGUCAGCACCACGCACCAUGUUCCGUGUGUCGACCCUCCGCCUCAUGGGCAACACGCUGCGUUUCUCCCUGCUGGGCCGCGGGCAGGCCGAACGCCACUUCACGGUGCAGCGGUCGGACCGCCAGACAGGCCAGCUGGUGCUGGGGUGCCCGGUGCAAGGACCUGCUACACUGGAGGCAGAGGUGGAGAUGACUGAGCUGGAGAAAGGGGUCCAGCUGGAGCGGUACAUCACCAAGAUCACCAUGUUCAUCUCCCAGUACGAGUUCUAGAGGGAGAG